GCGUAACUUACGCAGCGGUUUGCAUAGCCUCAGCCCCGCACAUUGAGCUCCAAAUCGCGCCUGGAUCAAAUGCAUUGCCUGGAAAACACCAGGCGGGACGCCGUGGGUGCAACCGGAGUCCUCAACGGGCUCUGCUGUUCUAAACAGAGUGGAGUUGCAUCGAUUCUUAGCGCCAAGAAAAUCGUUACUGCAUGCACUUUGCUUAAGUUAGUAAAAAUAGUGUCACUCAUCAUGUCCGCGAGGUCACGCUCUGACUGAGCUUGUCCGACAUGAUCCGGCCGUUUGACAAUUGCGAGCCACCGCCUCCUGUAGCUGCACUCUCGUACGAGACCGUCCUAUGCACGGAGCUGCCGGCGUUCGACCCGGUGCCGACGUUGCGUUCCGUGCUACUCAAACCCCCACAUCUUCAACGGUUCGAAUGCUUUCUACGCAAGACGGGAUGGCUCACUAUGCCCAUUUACGCCUGCGGAUUGAUCCUACGCAUCGCCGUGUGCUCCGUGCCGGCUCCUAUCGGACGGCUAGUGUCUCCAUGGGCGGCAAUUCUACACAUUCCGCCGUGUAUCGUGUUCGCUGCCGGUAUUCGCGUUGAAUUCGUGAAACUCAUUUUAUCCGCUUUCGAUUUUUGGUUUCCAUUUGCUGCCAACACGAUGUUUCUCAUCGUGUUCAGUUGCGUUUUGCGAGAUAUGAGAAUUUUACUAGUUGUUGCCGUGUGGAUUGCCUUUGGAUGUUCGUUUUUGCAGGAAACGUACUUUCGAGAUUCGCGCAACAUUGCCAUGUCCGCUUUUGUCGAAGCUUCUUUAUUGAUUUUGCUUAUGGGCAGCAUUUCGCUGAACAUUAUGGACGACUUGCAUCACUCGAAUUUGCUCAUCGCUGGCGGCCACACGUUGUCUACGAAAGAUGUUCUUGUUAACGUGAUUGGAACGAUGGCAACUUUGAUGAUGCGUACCACGUACAGACGGGUAAAACUCAUCAAGCGCCAGAAGCAAAUGGAAGGCACUGCAACUCAAUCGUUGGGCUACCGAUGUUUCAUUGCGCUAAACCCUACAGGGCCAGGGGCAACUUCACGCAAUAGCGUGGUACCCCAUCCGCUAGUUACCAUUUUCGUGUGGUACGGCCGUUUGCUAUACAUUUUGGUCACUCGAACUCACGAGAAUACACUCAUUAUACUGCGAGGCAAUGUCGAGUUCGACUACCAAACGUGGAGAUUGCAAGCAAACAUCGCUCGCGAAGUCCGGAGAAUGGCAAAGUUUGCCAAAGCUGCACAAGCCUCAAAAGCGAUAGUGGACGCGAUCCCCGAGUAG